GAGACAGUCCUCCGUUGUGUGACCUCCCAGAGCCCAUCUUCCUGGUGCCGGUUCCUUCCCUGGGUGGAGUACGCCCACAACUCUUUGCCCUGCUCCUCUACUGGUAUGUCUCCAUUUUUUUGCGUGUAUGGUUACCAGCCUCCUGUCUUUCCGUCCCUUGAGCAGGAAGUCUCUGUUCCAUCCGCCCACACUUUGGUCCGCCGUUGCCGGGCUGCAUGGGUUCGAGCUCGUCGGGCCUUGUUGAAAAGUUCCCUGACCUAUAAGAAGGCAGCAGAUCGGCGCAGAAUUCCUGCUCCCACUUACAGAACUGGGCAAAGGGUCUGGCUCUCCACAAGGGAUCUUCCUCUCCGAGUUGAGUGCCGUAAGUUGGCUCCUCGCUUUGUGGGUCCUUUCCCAGUGUCUAAAGUUAUUAAUCCUCUUGCUGUGAGACUAAAGCUCCCCAGGACCAUGAGGGUACACCCAACCUUCCAUGUUAGUCGUGUGAAACCUGUUAAGGUGAGUGGGCUGGUCCCUGCCACCAGACCCCCUCCACCCCCCCGGCUCAUCGACGGUGGCCCUGUAUAUUCUGUGAGGAGACUCCUCGCAUCCCGUCGCCGUGGACGCCAGCUUCAAUACUUGGUGGACUGGGAGGGUUAUGGUCCGGAGGAGAGGUCGUGGGUUGCAGCCAAGGACAUCCUGGACCCCACUCUUAUUAGAGACUUUCUCCGCCAGCACCCUCAGGAUCCUGGGCCGUCAGGUGCCGGCCGUAGAGGGGGGGGUACUGUCAGGGUUUGA